AAUCUUUGACAUAGAGUCAUAGUACCUAUAUACAUAAGAUCUCCCAUGCAAAGUUUACGCUUACAGAGGAGAUGAAUCACAAUAGCUAAUUUUAGCGUUGUGUGUACUUGGGACGAAGUGGUGAUUUCCCUUGAUCUCUUUCUCACUGCCUCUAUAUUGGACAGACCAAUUCAAAUCAACGAAAAAGGAAGGCAAGGACGAAAUGACCUUGAUCAUAUCAACAGUAACUCUUCUACUACAGCUGCUAUGUUCAGUUUCAGGUAUACCUGGAGCGUCUCAUUGCCUCUGGCCGUCUGUGUCAAACCCCUGCCCUGCCUGCGAGAUAGGAUGGUAUGGUGAUGCCUGUAAGUUCAGCUGUUCCUUCUGCGACAGCGGCGGCUGUCACAGGGACACCGGGAUAUGUAAACAGUGCCGAGCCGGCUACUUCUCUCACACCUGUAACGUGACAUGUCCCCCCAGCUGUAGAUACAGUCACGGUGACAAGCCCCACUGUAGUCAGGAGGCAGGGCACUGUCUGGAAAACUGUCAAGACGGCUGGUGGGGAGACUGGUGUGAGAGGAAGUGCAGUGGUGGAUGUGAAGACAACUCCUGCUACUUCUGGGACGGGUCGUGUGCUAGAGGAUGCAGGGAUGGUUGGGCCGGUGACAGUUGUGACACCAGGUGUCCAGUGGGGUGUCACGGUGACACAUGUGAGAGGUACGGCAGCCAUAAGUGCACACAAGGAUGUAAACACGGUGUUCACGGACAUCGCUGUGACAAGCAGUGUAACAGACACUGUAGACAUCAGGACUGUUUCUAUGACCACGGUAUGAAGUCUACAGUCUGCAGACAGGGCUGUGUGGAUGGCUGGAUGUCCCUCGACUGCAAGAUGAGGUGUCCUGGUAACUGUGAGGCAUGUUCUCAAGAGACUGGGGAAUGUACCAGAUGCAAGCCAGGCUACUCGGGAUCUGACUGCACUAGACCAUGUAGUGACACGUGUUUAAAUAGGACAUGCGGACCAGAUGGUCGAUGCAGUAGAUGUCAGCUCGGUUACCAUGGGGACAGGUGUGGAACAUAUUGUGAUGCUGACUGUAUCGGGUGCCUGGAGGCCAAGGGAGGAUGUAGAUGUAGGAGGGCGUGCACUCAAUCCUGUCUGCAUCACAUGCUACCCGACACGACAUGUCUUCAUGUAACUCAGAAGGAAAGUCACACAGAUGACAACAUCCACGAAAUGACAUCGAGGAAUGGAUCCAGCUUUUGUGGAUUUACCUUAUCAGUCUUCAUAUAUGUUAUAAUCGUGUUGACUUUUUCACCCACCGCUGAUGUCAUCUAUUCAUUCAUUGUACUGUAAAUAUUCAUAUGUUAUUGAUACUGUUGUGUAUGGAAGAACUAGUGUUAUAUGGCGUGUGUUUCCUAAUCUGUAUCUCGUCAAACAAUUUGAACCUAUUACACUCGCAGGAUUAGCUAACAAUACACCCAUAUAAAUAUGACAAAGAUAUGAAAAUGGCGAAAAAUGGAGAAUUAUUUUGUUGUACUGUGUUUGUACUCGAGACAAAUAGGAAGGGAGUUGGUCAGUUUAAGGUAAAGGUCACCUCUGCAGCACCUCAGCUGUAUAGCGAGGGACAUAACGCGUAAUAGAUAAUGUUUGCAGUACUCAAUCGUUGUCUCAUCUGCAACUACCUUCCCCGUUUUAGUGUCGCUCAGUGUGUGUGUGUGUGUUUGUGUGUGUGUGUGUGUGUGCGUGUGCGUGUGUCUUGUAUUGAAAGUACACCGGUAUAUGUACAGAUAUAUGACAAGAAUAUACUACAAUAAAGGAAAAAGAAAUCCCGUGACAUUAAAGACGUUCAGAGCAUUAUUAAAUUCCUUUAAUUGCU